AUGCCCUCAAUAUCAGGGCAGCUGGAGCUGUCUCGUGCCGUGCUGUCUCGUGCCGUGUUGUCUCGUGCCGUGUUGUCUCGUGCCGUGCUGUCUUCUCGUGCCGUGCUGUCUUCUCGUGCCGUGCUGUCUUCUCGUGCCGUGCUGUCUUCUCGUGCCGUGCUGUCUUCUCGUGCCGUGCUGUCUUCUCGUGCCGUGCUGUCUUCUCGUGCCGUGCUGUCUCGUGCUGCUGUCGCUGAGCGCCAGGUGGAGGAGACACCUCAUGCACAUUCUGGGCCGGUUUCUGCCAAGGAUUCUGGGCCGGUUUGUGCCAAGGAUUCUGGGCUGGUUUCUGCCAAGGAUUCUGGGCCGGUUUCUGCCAAGGAUUCUGGGCCGGUUUCUGCCAAGGAUUCUGGGCCGGUUUCUGCCAAGGAUUCUGGGCCGGUUUCUGCCAAGGAUUCUGGGCCGGUUUCUGCCAAGGAUUCUGGGCCGGUUUCUGCCAAGGAUUCUGGGCCGGCUUCUGCCAAGGAUUCUGGGCCGGUUUCUGCCAAGGAUUCUGGGCCGGUUUCUGCCAAGGAUUCUGGGCCGGUUUCUGCCAAGGAUUCUGGGCCGGUUUCUGCCAAGGAUUCUGGGCCGGUUUCUGCCAAGGAUUCUGGGCUGGUUUCUGCCAAGGAUUCUGGGCCGGUUUCUGCCAAGGAUUCUGGGCCGGUUUCUGCCAAGGAUUCUGGGCCGGUUUCUGCCAAGGAUUCUGGGCCGGUUUCUGCCAAGGAUUCUGGGCCGGUUUCUGCCAAGGAUUCUGGGCCGGUUUCUGCCAAGGAUUCUUGGCCGGUUUCUGCCAAGGAUUCUGGGCCGGUUUCUGCCAAGGAUUCUGGGCCGGUUUCUGCCAAGGAUUCUGGGCCGGUUUCUGCCAAGGAUUCUGGGCCGGUUUCUGCCAAGGAUUCUGGGCCAGUUUCUGCCAAGGAUUCUGGGCCGGUUUCUGCCAAGGAUUCUGGGCUGGUUUCUGCCAAGGAUUCUGGGCCGGUUUCUGCCAAGGAUUCUGGGCCGGUUUCUGCCAAGGAUUCUGGGCCGGUUUCUGCCAAGGAUUCUGGGCCGGUUUCUGCCAAGGAUUCUGGGCCCAAUUCCCUGGGAAAUUCUCGGGCGAUUCCUGAGGCAAAUUUUGCCCCCGCCCAAACCUUCCUGCCUGGUUUUGGGGUGAGUUGUUGGGCGAAUGGGCAGGGGGAUUCCGGGGCGAGUCUGCAUGGGGCUGUGAGCUGCGAGGGACCCUGGGGCUCUUGGGAGGGAGCCGUGGCACCGGCCUUGGCUGAGCCUCCUGUCCUUCCCGCGCCGCUGCCACAACCGCCGGCGCCACUGCUGCUCCUUGCACUUGUGCUGCUGCUCCCUGCGACAACGCCUGAAAUCUCUGCAAUUCCUGCCAUUCCUGUGAUUCAUCCAAUUCAGGCGCUUCUUCCUGCAGCAGCAGGUCCAGAUCGCUGGAGGACCCAAACACUUGCUGGAUCUGAAUUGAGCCGUAGGCACGCUGCAGCAUAG